GGCUAUUUAAAACUGUGCGCAGGCCCCCUGGCGCCGAGUCGACCGCCGACGACUAAUGAUCAGUCCUGCCUUGUCUGCCGUUGAGUGCGUAGCGAUACUGUGAGCCGUGUUUACACAAGAACAUUUCAGUGUUUGUUUAGUUUCAACUAAUUCUACGGGACAAAUUACUUUAAAAUGGCUGACAGUGGUCUGAAGAGGAACAUCCCCAUCAAGCUUGGUGACUUUUCUGUCAUUGACACUGAAUUCUCCAGUAUUAGGGAGCGAUUUGAUGCUGAGAUGAGAAAAAUGGAAGAGGAAAUGAGUAAAUUCAGAUCGGAACUAAUGAACAGAGAAAGCAAUAAUUUCUUCAAGAGCACAACAAGCUCAACGACGUCGACACAGCACAGUGACAGCAGACAGUUGGCCGAGCCCAGCCACUGGGACAGCCUCAACUCGCCCCUCAUUCAAGAUGAAGGUGACGGCAAAACUCUGAAACUUCGUUUCGAUGUCAGUCAGUACACCCCCGAAGAAAUCGUCGUUAAGACCGUAGACAACAAAUUAUUGGUCCAUGCCAAACACGAAGAGAAAUCCGAUACAAAGUCUGUGUACAGAGAGUACAACAGAGAGUUCCUGUUGCCGAAGGGAACGAAUCCUGAGGCCAUCAAGUCAUCGCUGUCCCGGGACGGAGUCCUGACAGUGGAGGCGCCGCUGCCGCAGCUCGCCAUCACUGACAGGAACAUCCCCAUCCAGAAGCAUUGAGCGCUAAUGGUCCAAUGAGACAGCAGCUAUUCCAUAAUACUGUUAAUAAUUUAUUUAAUUUACUUUUAUAAAUUGUAUGAGAAGCAAUUGGCAACAUUUUUAUUUAUAAAGAAUCUCAAAAUUAAUUAACAUUUUUUAAUUCGUCAAUUAGUAAGUAUUUAUAUAUUCCAAUUUUGUUGUGCGGCACUUAUUGUAUGUGAAUAUUGCUUUAGUAAAAUAUGCGUUCACAGCGAUUCUUAAAAGUUCCUGUAUCCAGUGCAAGCAUUUUUUGUCGAUAACAAUGUGCGACACCCUUUUUUACCUUACUGAUAAAGCCGACAUCAACAAAAAGUUAAACAAUAAUAGUCUCGACAGUGGACAAAACCAGACGAUUCUAAUUCUUCAUAUUUUUUAUUGUUGGUUUUUAAUUACUGAAGAUUUGAUUUUAAUAAUUAUACCAGAUCCCAGGGUGAUAAGUUCAACAGUUCGUAGUAUUUCAAACGCGGUCCACAACUAUAGUAAUAUAUUAAUAUUUGUAUAAUUGAAGCUAAUUAAUAUCGUAAGGAAUAAUCGACGAUAGGCUAUGACAACGAUAAAUAAAAGUGUCUUAUCCAUUAUACAGGAGUCCAUUUUAGCUUAACACUUUCUGCUAUUAGCAGCGUUAACAAAUAUAAUAUUAAUAAAAUACACCAACUUAACAGCUUAAUACACAUUUAUAUAUUUUAGUACAAACAGUUGUUACGAAUGUUUUAGUCGUGAAUAAAAAUAUAAAAAAACUCA